CGGGGCCUCGAGCGGUGGGUGGGCGGCGUGGCGCUGCGGGCUGGGCGCUGGGGCCAAGGUACCGGGUAAGGCGGCGGGUUCUCGUGCGGAGCAGCGGCUGGGGAAAGCCCAGCGUCGCACGCAGGAGGAGGACCGGGAGGCGGUGGUUCCCGCCCGGCUGUACAGGGCCUCGGACUGAGCGGCGGCGGAGCGGGGCCUGGUCCGCGGCCGGGUGCGGGAGAACGCGGCGGCGCGUCCCUAGCGCUGCGCGCCAUGGCGGGCGGACCCCCUAAGGCCCUGCCGUCCACCGGGCCUCAUUCCCUGCGCGACAUGCCGCACCCGCUGGCCGGCUCAAGCAGCGAGGAGGCCGUGGGCGGCGACAGUACGCCCAGCCCGGACCUGCUGAUGGCCCGCAGCUUCGGUGACAAGGAUCUCAUUUUGCCCAAUGGUGGUACUCCAGCAGGCACUUCGAGUCCAGCUUCUUCAUCUUCGCUUCUGAAUAGACUUCAGCUUGACGAUGACAUUGAUGGUGAAACCAGAGAUCUUUUUGUCACGGUAGAUGAUCCCAAGAAACACGUCUGUACAAUGGAAACCUACAUCACGUAUAGGGUUACCACCAAGCCACUUCCUGAGAAGUUUGUAGUGAAAGGUGUCGUGGAUCGUUUUUCAGAAGAGUUUGUGGAGACCAGAAGAAAAGCUUUGGAUAAAUUCCUAAAGAGAAUUACAGAUCAUCCUGUGCUGUCUUUCAAUGAACACUUUAAUGUCUUUCUUACUGCUAAGGACCUGAAUGCCUAUAAGAAGCAGGGGAUAGCGUUGCUGACCAGAGUGGGCGAGUCAGUCAAGCAUGUCACCGGAGGCUACAAGCUGAGGAGUCGGCCUCUGGAGUUUGCAGCCAUAGGUGAAUACUUAGACACUUUUGCACUCAAACUGGGAACCAUUGAUCGUAUAGCCCAGCGGAUCAUCAAAGAAGAAAUAGAGUACCUUGUAGAACUGAGAGAGUAUGGGCCUGUGUACUCCACAUGGAGCGCCUUAGAAGGUGAGCUGGCUGAGCCCCUGGAGGGGGUGUCAGCUUGCAUCGGGAACUGCUCUACAGCCUUGGAAGAACUGACAGACGACAUGACAGAAGAUUUUCUACCUGUGCUUAGGGAAUACAUUUUAUAUUCUGACUCCAUGAAGAGUGUAUUGAAGAAGAGGGACCAAGUUCAAGCAGAGUACGAAGCCAAACUGGAAGCCGUGGCUCUGCGAAAGGAAGAUCGUCCCAAGGUACCGGCAGAUGUGGAGAAGUGUCAGGAUCGGAUGGAGUGCUUCAAUGCUGACCUGAAGGCCGACAUGGAGAGGUGGCAGAACAACAAACGGCAGGACUUCCGGCAGCUGCUCAUGGGGUUGGCUGACAAGAACAUCCAGUAUUAUGAGAAGUGCCUCAUGGCGUGGGAGUCAAUUAUUCCGCUGCUGCAAGAGAAGCAGGAGCCUAAGUAGAUUUCUACUUGGAACAGAGACUCUUCAACCUACCUACACGGGGCAUGGCUCCCUGAACUAGAGUGUCCCUGCGGUACAGAAAGGGUGGGAAAACAGCACAGCAACACCUCACCUUUGUGUACUUCUCCUGCCCCUUCUCCCCUCAGUUGUUUUCAAUUAGUAUUUAUUCUUUGGUGGCAUUUGUGAGGCUAUAAUCAUCUCAGCAGAAGAAGCAUACCUCCAUUCUGUGAAGGAACCUUCUAAAUGGAACACUACAAAGACUUGAAACUGAGGGACAGGACAACGCCCCGCUGACAUUGUGCCAUCACUUUGGGGACAGCCAAGUUGCCUGUUGUGGGACAGAACUCAGGUCCCACUUUUCAAGACCACGCGGAGGCAUGAAGAAGGCAGCUGUGGCUUGUUGUGGAGACCUUGCGGCUCUGCGCUUGACCCCUGUGGGCAUUGACCUGUUCUAGCCUAGAAGGAGGUGUGGGCAGCUCCCUAAAAUGUCCUUAAUUUAAGUGGCCUGUGACUGUGAGUGUGGCCUGCUGCCUGCUUGUGAUGAGUGGUGUAUGUUUUCUUGUUUCUGGUCCACUUGGGGCCACUUAAGUCAGCGUCUAUACGCAUUGUGCUUGAGUGAGCAAGCUGGCGUCCUUGUCUUUCCGUGAUGCCUCAGGAAGCUGAGGGGACCACUCCCAGAUCUUGUUUCUGACAUCAGAAUGCAAUAGACAAGAAGCUUUUUUGUGUAAACUGAAAAAAGGUGCAUUUUUCUCUGUGAAGGUCUUAGUGUGUUUGUUUUGCUUGUUAAUUGGCAUUAGACCUAUUAGGAAUAGCUGUUGUUUCGUAGUCAGAGUAGCUCCCCUGUGGUUGAGAUUGGUGGGUUUGUACCAAUCCCCAGUUCUGGUGUCUGCUUUGUGCAAUUUGCCUUUACCUCACAAAAAUACCCAGUUUGAUACUUCCUACUGAGUCCACUGAAUGCUUGGGAAACCUUGCAGUGCAAGGGCUGGUAUGUCUCAUUAUUAUGACCGUGAAAAUUUGUAAACUCAAUGUGAAUGUUCUACUACAUAAGUGCUUUAACCCUCAAAAUUUUUUGGUCAAGAAGAAAAGUCCCUGCAGGGGCCUCAGAGAUGAGAAUAGCAGCAGCAGGCUCUUUGCUGUUUUUUGUUUGCUCUGGGUGUGUGGAAAUAUCCAUGUGCAGCCAAAAUCCUGGGGACUAUUUAUUGGCUGUGUUUAAGGUCUUCAUUUCAAACUAUUAGAAGGCUGACUUUUCAAAUUGCCAUGAAACCACCAGUUAAAAAGGAUCCCUUCUAGCUUACUGUUCUUCCUGACAAGAAGCUACGUAGUUGUGUUCUUUCAUCUGUAGCUCUUUCACAAAUCUGAGCCUGAAAUAAAUGGUAGAAGUCUUUUGUUUGUUUUCAAGAUGAAGCAGUCCAGGCACGACUCAUAUGCAGGCAAACCUGCAAAUUUCACUCAGCCCACAGCAUGCUGAAGUCACCGCAUCAUUCCAUUCCAGGGCAGCUGCAGCUGAGACAUGGUGGGGUAGCAACUGGACAUCAUGCAACAAUUUGGGUUUUUCAUCACAUUUGACAAGGUUGUAGUUGAUGAUAAUUCCUGUAUCCAUCAGUACUUGCCUGUACUGCUACACCCCCCAUCUUUGCCAUCCUAAAACCCUUUGAUGUAAGGCUGGGCAUAAUGGUGCAUGCCUUUAAUCCCAGCGCUCAGGAGGCAGAGACAGAUCUCUGAGUUCAAGGCCAGCCUGGUCUACAUAGUUCCAGGCCAGCUGGGGCUACAGAGAGACCUUAUCUCAAAAAAAAAAAAAUCCUUUUGAUGUGAAUUUUGUUUGGUACAAGUAGAAACAACUCACUGAAGCAGAAGGGCAAGAACAGUCCGUGCUCUCCAGCUCUAGUGACUCAGGGUCUCAUUCUACCUCCAACCUGUUGGGUUAGUGUGGGUGUAGGUGUCCGGAGCCAACCUGAGCAUGUAAGUAGAGUUGGGUGUGUAUCUAGUCACCAACAGGCCUCAAUUGAUGUCAGAAGACAUUAGGCUGGUCCAGAAGUGAAUGUUCAUUUUUGGAACACAUGAAGCUUUGGACCAGUGCCCAGUGUAAUGAUGCUUGGGAAGGUGGGAUUUGAUGACCAGCUAAGUUGCUGAGGCCCAGAGGCAUUCCUGUGUACUGGUUAGCUAGGAAAUAAGGCAGCCCUUCAAAAACAGCAGCAGGCUGCUCUCUAGGAGAUAUAGGGAAGGAACAGUCCACACUCAUUCCCUCAUCACAAGAGGAAGAACACUGGCUCUGAAGGAAUCUUAAGAUUUUUGUCUUGCUCUAUUUAUUUAGUCUACAAAUGAGGUCUCUGAGCUUUGAGAUUCCAGAAAACUGGAAAAAUACAGACUCUCUUUCCUCUGGGAAUGAUGUGGCAGGGCCAGGAAAACCCAUGUACAUUACCGACUUCCUUGGAGAAAUGGCCCUUCCCGAGAAGACACUUUUGUUCCUGUCCUCAGGAUGACAUCUAAUGAGCCGAGGAAGCUGGUUCAGGGGGAAAGAAGGGGCCAUUAGGCAGUGAAGGAGACUCUCCAGCCCUCCACAUUCCCAUGGUCCCUUCAUUCCCAUGAAGCUCAGCAUUCCCAGGCACUUGCCUCUUAGCUAAGCACAAAAGAGAUUCCCUACAGGAAGCAUAACUCAGAGACUGCAGUGCCAAAGAUGCUCAGAGAGGCUUUCUCACCUCCUGGAGCCCACAGUCUCUGUCCUCAAAUCGUGCACCCCUCUCAUUUUCCAUGAGACUCUGGCUUGAGGUUUCACUGUUCCUCUGACAGAGGGACACAGAUCAGUUUGAGGCUUGAGCACAUGGCAGUGAAAUGGAAAGUUGGCCCUAGCAAAUGCUCAGGUUUUGAGAAUGAAAAGGUUCUUUCACUGACUUAGAGAUCCAAGUGAAGGCAGUAAAGAGAAUUCUUAGAAACUGAGGAGAUUUGAGAAAUGUGAUAUUUAAGAGAGUUGUGGUUUGUAGCAGGAUUGGACACUGUUCAUGUUGGGGAUUUGUGAGAAGACUCUGGGCUGCUCUUCUCAAAGUAAGCAGUAGCUCCAAAGUGAGGAGGGAGUGUACUACUCAGCCCUGUGAAGGGUUGGAUUUUAUCCUUUCACAAGACUUAAUUGCUGGUCAGUGGUUAGGGAGGCAUGGUACUUCACCAAGCUGGUCCUGAACUUACCAGACAUCUUUCCAUAGCCACAAUAACAAAACCCAUGACUGGGAAUGGAAAUGGAAUGUAAGAUAAGUCUGUUUUUCCUGCCAAAUUUGAGCUCCAUGGAGUAUGCUAUAGAUGUUGGAUGGAACAUGUUUCCCCAGUUGCCAUGUAGCGUGAGGAAUCUAUAUAUUCAUGCUUAUUGUAGCUGCCUUUACUGAGAACUUGACCAGAAGCUCUGCUUUAGAAGUGGGCAUGAUGGUAGUCUCAAGUAAAGUUUCUCUCUUCUUAGGACCACAACCUAAGGAACACUCUGAUUGUGUGUUUUGAUCCUGUCUCAUAGCAUUGAAACCCUAGGUAGCUGCUUCUGUUUUGAUGAGGUUAUUUGGACUACGGGAGAGUCAUUCUCCACUAUGCUGAGCUGGUUGGGCUGACUAGAGCAAGUUCAAGAGCAACCUCAGAGGCUGGGUUGGCCUCGCUGGUUUGGUCUUGGGGUAGGCUGGAACUAGGCUCUUCUCUGGUUAGAUCAAGCCAUUGGCUACCCUGAAGGGUGAUUCCUCCCAGAGGAUCAGCUGCCUGUGGCUGGGGUAGGGCGCACUCUUCUGGACCCUAUGUCUUCAUAUGCCUAUUAAUUAUAUAACCGAGUAACUUUGAUCAUCUUCAUUUACAAGAUGAUACUGGAAAUUUGGAGUUUUCAUUUUCAAAAGUCCUCAAGAUGGCAACAGAUCUGAUCCCCCUCUCACCGCUUGUUUUUCUCUACUCAGAUGCUGGUGACGCUUAGCAGUAUGUUUGAGGAAAAUGUCUUCUCCUUGGCCAAACACCUGGUCUGUUGGAGCUGCUCUCUGUCUUGUUUUAAAUUUAAUGAAUAAUCAGGAACUUAGUUUUACACCAACACACUCUAUAGGUUGCCACUGUUUCAUUUUAAAGAGGUCUGGUGUGCCCAUGGUUACACACAGCAGAGUGCAGGGGCUGUCUGUGUCCAGGAAGGUUGGGGUGAGGCCUCUGGUACAGCAGUGGACUGUUCUCUCUUAAUCGUGUCUGUUUGAAAUAUGUCCUGGGUACGACUGUCCAAACCCUUUAUGUGUGGCAGAAGAAUAUACUAUCAAAGUUUUUACUACUGCAGUUUGUAAAUAAGUGCUGUGAAAAGGUAACUUUUCAUAAACCAAUAAGUGAUGUCUCAUAUCGAUGUAUUUAGCACUUGAAAACCAACAAGUACAGAAUUUUUUAAAAAGUCACAGACUGUUAAAAGCCUAAUUAUAUUUCUUAAAUAUUUAUCAGUACCUACUAAUUGCCUUAACUCUUCAACUAGUGUUUUUAAAUUUUGAGUAAAAAGAGUUUUAGGUAUGUAAGCAGUUAUUCAGCUUAAGUUAUAGAAUUUUAACAUAUCAAUCAUCAGUCCUCUUAAAGUAACAAGCCAGGAGGCGAGGGCCAUGUAAGUAGAGUGGCCUUUUGGGAGGAGAGACUUAAAUAUUGCUAGUGCCAAAUGAUAUUUUAAUAAUGUAAGGAAACAAGGACCACAGUACCUUUUGUUUUCAAGCAUGAAAGGUUAUUUAGUGCCUUUCAGCAUACUUCUGAUUGUAGAGGGUACGACACUGACAAAUCAAAUAGGUACAAAGAACUUUCUAGGUUAUGGCAGUAUUAAAGGUUUACCCUGAGUCUGCAGAAAAGCCUUUUCAGAGUCUAUGUGGGGCCUCAGAGCACAUUUUGGAUGGAAAUUCUCUAAAGCUCGGAAUGCCUAAAAGCAAAACCUAUUCUGUCGACUCACACAAUUGAGUCCAUUUUAGCAAAGCUCAUUCUCACUGUUAAAGCUAGUGCUGAAAGUUGCAUAUGUGCCUCUCCCAGAAGUACCGCCCCAGCACUGGGUGAUUCUGGGAUCUCCACAGUCUAGGUCAGCAGCAGCCAACACCUGUGCACACUCCUUUUGGACAGGCUGGUUCACAGCCUUAGACCAACAUUCAAGUCAGCAGUGAUGCUGGCGAGAAGAAUGAAUGACUUUUUCCUAGACUGUAAGCCAAAAUGAGAAUCAGAAUAAGAAAGCAGUGGCUGUCAGCCAGGCCUUCAUCCAAGAACAAACCAGCAUCUUUUACCAGUCAGCACUGUCUACAUGGACACUGCCGAGGUUCGGUCCUGUCCCACAGAAUCCCUGUUCGUUGUCUGUGUGCCUGCUCCCUUCAUCUCUGUGAGUUAGGAAUGUGUGGCAAGAUGGCCUACUGCUGAGAGACUCUCAUGAAACAAACUGCCAGCAAACUUUCUAACUCAUAUUUUAACUGUUCAAGAAGGGAUUAAAAUUCUUACUUGGGGCAUGUCCAAAUUAUGGGCUGUUUCUUACUUUUUAGAAAUUGUUCUUUACGUUUAAAAUUUUUGAAGAGAAAGAUGCAGCCUUCUGAGGUAUUGACGGGUCUUCUGUGUGUGUGCUUUCUCUCUAUGCUGCAGUUAAGCCAAAACAAAAGCUGUGAAAAUAAAGUGCUUGAGAGGAUGUGUGUUGAUAUGAAAGUGAUUUAUUUACACAUCAAAGUCUGUCUCAUGAAACUACCAAAUGCUAAAAAGAGUGUCACCUCUUUUUCUUUGUUAUGGAAUCAGAGAUUAUAAAAAGGAAAAAAGAGUUGUUUUGUUGUAUUUUUGAUGCUGGCACGAGGUUUUUGUCCACUUUUGGUUUUGUGUAUCUAUGUAUAAAAAUUCUGUUUACUGUUUACUAUGAGAUUAGUAUUACAUUUUGAGGUAAACAAAGAAUUUGUAUUGCUUGAUAGACUAUUAGCUUGUAAAUUUUAAAAAUUUCUUUACCUCAAUUAACUUAAUGGACCAAUAAACCUAUAAAAGAUGCUUUCUUUA